GGUAUUUUCAGUGCCCGCGCACCUUUAUGGGAUAAAUAGUUUAGGUGCGAAUGGGCAAUAGAAUGCAGAGCGAUUAGAGGGAUCGGUCUCUCGAGUCUUGCUGAUUGCCUUCUUCUCGUGGAUUCCUCUUGGUAGUCGGAGUUCAUAGUUCGUUGCUUGCUUAUUCGAGCCACAUGAUGGCAUAUUCUGAGCCAUUAGACAUCUAUGUUCAUUCUGAGUUAGAACUCUGCGUCAAGGAAAUCCUUUCUUUUAUCAAACCCACGGUGGAUGAUAUUCAAAAGCGAGAAAGUGUCAUUAAUGAGCUUGCAGGUGCUAUUCAGAUUGACCAAAGUUUAAGAGGUGCUUCGGUCAAGGCAUUUGGAUCUUAUAUUUCAAACCUUUACAGUAGAUGGGGUGAUUUGGAUAUCUCUAUUGAUAUGACCCAAUCUAGCACUUCUUCUGCUGAUAGAUGGUGCAAGCUAAAUGCACUAGAAAAAAUAAUGUGGGCUUUACAAAGAACUGGUAUUGCAAAUAAUAUCGAGUUUGUCCGACAUGCUAGAGUACCUCUUGUCGUGUAUCAGAGCAGACGCUACAAUAUAUCUUGCGACAUCACUAUCGAUAACCGAGCUGGUUAUGUCAAAUCCUAUAUCCUACGUUUGAUCAGCAACAUUGAUGAGCGGUUCCGUGAAUUAGUUUUGUUGAUCAAAGAAUGCGCCAAAGCACAACAUCUUAAUGACCCAAAAACAGGGACUUUAAAUUCUUACUCACUUUGCCUACUGAUUAUCUUCCACUUUCAGACAUGCAGGCCUGCAAUUUUUCCUCCUCUCAGGGAUUUAUAUAAGGGAAAUAUUGUUGAUGAUGUGAAAGGUCACAGUACAUUGAGACACGUUGAGGAUUCCUUUGUUGCAAAAAUUGCUACGUUUAGGUCCGAAAUUUCUGGUCAGAGAAACCAAAGCUCUAUUUGUCAGCUUUUAAUUUCUUUCUUUGACAAGUUUUCUGCACUUGGUACUAUGGCCUCGAAUCAUGCCAUCUCAACUUACAGAGGAGAGUGGAAACCAAUUUACAGCAAUCGCAGAUUUUUACGGAAAGCACAAGUCCUUCGUAUUGAAGAUCCUUUUGAGCAAACUGAAAAUGCUGCUAGAGCUGUUGACACCGAAGGGCUUGCUAUGAUAUCACAGACAUUCUCAGACAUGCACAGGAAGCUUUCAUCGCGCUCUGCACCCUUGGAUCGGACAUUAUUGCUUGACAAUCUUGUAAGACCUGAAAUCAAAUCAGAUCUUGAGCAUCGAAGAGAGCCAAUGAACCCAAGAUGAGUUCCUUCCAUCUGUGAAUCGGACGCAGCAGCCUCAGGAUUGUUCGGCAAAGCCAGAGAGUAGUCAAUACCGUUUUGUUUGAAGAUAGGAUGAGAACCAUCAAUCACCAAGGUCAUGCAAUGGUAAGUUAGCUGUGAUACUAUGACAAAUUUGGUAUGUUGGAUGAUGUUUGGAAUGUGAUCACCAAAACUUUUCUGCUUUAA